AUGGAAGAGGAGUCAUGGACCAUGUUUUUCGAUGGUGCAGUCAAUUUAUCCGGAUCUGGAACUAGGGCAAUUCUGAUAUCUCCCAACGGACAACAUUAUCAUGUGGCUACAAAAUUAGUAUUCCCUUACACCAACAAUAUAGCAGAAUAUGAGGCUUGUAUUCUGGGCCUUCAGGGGGCCAUUGAGAUGAAAGUCAAUAAACCUAAAGUUUUCGGCAAUUCUGCACUUAUUAUCCUCCAAACCGUUGGAAAUUGGAGAACUCGAGAUGCUAAAUUGGUCCCUUACCACGAGUACUUGGAGGAUCUCGUUAAAGAGUUUGACAAAAUAUCCUUUGAGUACCUGUCAAGGUCUCAUAAUCAAUUUGCAGAUGCACUUGCGACACUGUCAUCUAUGCUCCAAGCCACGAACAGUUUAGAAGUCAAGCCCCUCAAGAUUGAAAUUCUUUCGAGACCAGCCCAUUGCAUGAUGGUAGCAAAAGAGUUUGAGAAAAACCGUGAGGCAGCUUCCUAUGCAACUGUAACUACAAGGAACGUCGUGAAGUUUAUGCGUCGAGAUAUUAUCGCCUGUUAUGGCGUGCCAGAGGCAAUCAUCACUGAUAACGGAUCAAAUUUGAAUAAUGGGCUGGUUAAUGAUCUCUUUAAGGAGUUCCAGAUUCGCCACCUGAACUCAUCUCCUUAUCGCCCCAAGAUGAAUGGUGCUGUUGAGGUUGCAAAUAAGAACAUUAAGAAGAUUUUAGCAAAGGCAGCUGAUAAUUACCACAAUUGGCAUGAGAGACUCCCUUACGCACUGAUGGUGUACAGAACUUCGAUUCGAACGUCUACCGGGGCAACACCUUUUUCUCUAGUGUAUGGUGUGGAAGCAAUCUUGCCUGUGGAAGUGAAGGUCCCUUCGUUAAGAGUAUUAUCUCAGGCCAAGUUGAUGGAGGCCGAAUGGGUGCAACAGAGGUAUAACCAACUCAACAUGAUUGAUGAAAAAUGGCUGAGAGCUGUAUGUCAUGGUCAACGUUAUCAGCAACGGGUAGCCAAGUCCUUUAAUCGGAAGAUUCGCCCAAGGCACUUCGAAGUCAAUGAUUUGAUACUACGCAAGAUACUAUCAGUCAUCCCUCACCCUUAUGGCAAGUUCGGUCCAAAUUACAGUGGACCGUAUGUUGUGAAGAAAGUACUUCCAGGCGGCGCUUUGAUAUUAGCAGAAAUGGAUGGAUAG